AUGGCUCAUAGUCUCUUGUCCAAUGACUUGUGUUAUAGCGAAAGAAGUGAUGAGGUGAGUGGUCUUGAUCUGAGUCUCUCAGCCAUGGCUUGCUAUCCAAACCCUUUUCUUCCCAUUUUGGAAAACUCUGCGUCCACUUGGUUCCGGACAUUUUCGGAAGAAAAUAGGAACCAUAAGAGGCUCAAAAGAACAAUGAGUGUUGCUGAGUCAGUUGGAAGCAAUGGUAGCCUCUACAGCAAUGGAAGCACCAAUAAUAGCAGCUGCAUUCUCCCGAAAAGCAGCAGCACUAGUAGCUUGAGUAGUUUGACUAGGCUGCAAUUCCGGGACCAUAUAUGGACUUACACACAGAGAUACCUAGCAGCUGAGGCUGUCGAGGAGGCUGCAGCCGCGAUAAUUGGCUCCCAGGAUGGUGAUCAAUUCGGGGAGGAUGGAUCACAGGAUGGAAUGAGGCUUGUUCAGCUUCUGAUUUCGUGUGCUGAGGCAGUGGCUUGUCGUGACAAGUCACAUGCCUCAGCUUUGUUGUCAGAGCUCCGGUCCAAUGCUCUAGUGUUUGGCUCUUCUUUCCAGCGCGUGGCGUCCUGCUUUGUCCAGGGGCUGGCUGACCGGCUGUCUCUGGUUCAACCACUAGGGACUGUUGGUUUUGUCGCGCCCACCAUGAACAUAAUGGACAUUGCCUCGGAGAGGAAGGACGAGGCUUUACGCCUUGUGUACGAAAUUUGCCCACAUAUCCAGUUCGGACACUUUGUGGCCAAUGCUGCAGUAUUGGAAGCCUUUGAGGGAGAGAGUUUUGUCCAUGUGGUGGACUUGGGUAUGACCCUUGGUUUGCCACAUGGACAACAAUGGCGCGGACUAAUCCAGAGCCUGUCCAACCGUGCUGGCCAGCCACCACGCCGCCUCAGGAUCACAGGGGUUGGCCUUUGUGUUGAAAAGUUCCAAACCAUUGGCGACGAGCUUGAGGCUUUUGCAGAAGGAUUGGGUAUAAAUUUGGAGUUUUCCAUGGUGGAAAGUAACUUGGAAAACCUAAAACCCGAAGACAUCAAAACGCUUGAUGGCGAAGUGCUUGUAGUCAAUAGCAUUUUGCAGUUGCAUUGCGUGGUGAAGGAAAGCCGUGGGGCUUUAAACUCGGUUCUGCAGAUGAUCCAUGAGCUCUCUCCCAAGGUCCUAGUCCUCGUGGAGCAGGACUCGAGCCACAAUGGACCUUUCUUUCUUGGGAGGUUCAUGGAAGCACUCCACUAUUAUUCAGCAAUUUUUGACUCCCUUGAUGCAAUGCUACCUAAGUAUGACACAAGGCGUGCAAAGAUGGAGCAGUUCUACUUUGCGGAGGAGAUUAAGAACAUUGUGAGCUGUGAGGGGCCGGCAAGGGUGGAAAGGCACGAGAGGGUGGACCAGUGGCGAAGGAGAAUGAGCCGAGCUGGUUUCCAGCCUGCGCCAAUUAAGAUGGUGGCUCAGGCAAAGCAAUGGCUGGGGAAGAUCAAGAUUUGUGAUGGUUACACCAUUGUGGAGGAGAAGGGUUGCUUGGUUCUUGGGUGGAAAUCAAAGCCGAUUGUCGCGGCUUCUUGCUGGAAAUGCUGA